AUGGAAGAAUAUGAAACUAUAAUUGAUGUUUCUAAUCGUCCUCCAUCCGCUACUGGCAAGAAUGAGAAAUACGUCAAGAUCGUUUGUUCACCUCAAAUGAAAUAUGUAGCUACUAUUACACAUAUGGAUGCAGCUACAGGUGAACUACAGAAUGGAGAUAAAACAUAUGGUGAUGAUGAUGAUCAAUUAUUUAAAGAAGCGACUUUAUGGUCAGUAAUUAAAAAAUCUGAUGAGUCUGAUGA